AUGGCUGAUGAAAUUGCAUCAGCAAUGGAGCAGGAAAUGGUGGAAGAACAGGCUAUAAAGUGCCCAAGGCCUUCAGCAAAGAGGCAAAGGAAAGGAUCUCCUGACGCCCGAGAAGAAACAGAUAAAGAACGUGUAGACGAUAGUCUUCUGCAAGAUGCACGUAGAAUCAAAGAAAACAUCAGGGUCUACAUGAACGCAACAGACAGGAACGUGAGUGCGAAGGUACAAAAGCACGUUAAUGGGAAAAUUCAGCAGUUAAUAGAUAUAAUGGAGACAAUAUAUGAUAAGAACUAUGAAAAAACGUUUUUAGUACAACGUGUGGUAAAGGACACAUUAGCUUCCUCUGAAAUGUAUGAUAUCAUAGUAAAUGCAUUAGUGGAAAAAGCAGUACCUAUGGUAAUCGAGGGAAUCAAGACGGAAAGUAAAACCAUACAAAGACCACUGUCAGAACCUCAGACAUCUCGGGAGUUUCCAUGUGUUAAAGAACAACCGCUAUUAGCCGAUGCCCUUAUUGAGACCACGGAGAAUGAAAGUUUCCAGGAAGCAGAUGUCGGGGCACCUGGGACCCCAAACACACCUGCCCCCAACGGAACUGCUUCCACGUGCUCCUUUAUUACUCAAAGUCCGUUCCUUUUUUCCCUCCCGAGGGGCGGCCUACAAAGCUUCAACGACCAGUCCACAAUACUCGAAAAUAAAUUUAUGUGUAUCGUGUUUUGA